AUGCUAGUGAGGAGACAGGCGGUGUCUGGCGACCGAAAGCAGGGCCGAGAAAUGGAAUGUGACGUAAACCUCUGGAACCCCGUGAAGAUGGGGAGGCGGCCGCCAGCCUUUGGCCUGGGACCCCUCUUCCGGGCAGCCUGCUUCACGUCUUCCCUCCCCCCGCAGGCCCUCCCUCCAGCUCCCACAGCCGCGGGCCCCACCCCGGCCCCGCGGGAGGACACCUCCUCACGGCCCCAGUUCUGCAAGUGGCCGUGCGAAUGCCCGGCGGCCCCGCCCCGCUGCCCGCUGGGCGUCAGCCUCGUCACGGACGGCUGCGAGUGCUGUAAGGCGUGUGCCCAGCAGCUGGGGGACAACUGCACAGAGGCUGCGGUCUGCGACCCCCACCGGGGCCUCUACUGCGACUACAGUGGGGACCACCCGAGGUACGCAGUAGGAGUAUGUGCACAGGUGGUCGGCGUGGGCUGCGUGCUGGACGGCGUGCGCUACAACAACGGCCAGUCCUUCCAGCCCAACUGCAAGUACAACUGCACGUGCGUGGGCGGCGCGGUGGGCUGCACGCCGCUGUGCCUCCGCGCGCGCCCCCCGCGCCUCUGGUGCCUCCGGCCCCGCCGGGUGAGCUUGCCUGGGCGCUGCUGCGAGCAGUGGGUGUGUGAAGACGACGCCAGGAGGCCCCGCAAGACAGCGCCGCGCCACACGGGCACCUCCGGGAGCAUGAGUGAGAUAGAGCCGUGGCACAAGAACUGCAUUGCGUACACCAGCCCCUGGAGCCCCUGUUCCACCAGCUGCGGCCUGGGGGUCUCCACCCGCAUCUCCAACAUCAAUGCCCGGUGCUGGCCUGAGCAGGAAAGCCGCCUCUGCAACCUGCGGCCGUGUGACGUGGACCUCCGGCCACACAUCAAGGAAGGGAAGAAGUGUCUGGCCGUGUACCAGCCAGAAGCGCCCGUGAACUUCACACUGGCCGGCUGCACCAGCACACGUGCCUACCGGCCCAAGUACUGUGGAGUCUGCACCGACAGCCGGUGCUGUAUCCCCUACAAGUCCAAGACCAUCAGCAUCUCCUUCCGGUGUCCCGAUGGGCCCGACUUCUCCCGCCAGGCCCUGUGGAUUAACGCUUGCUUCUGCAAUCUGAGCUGUCAGAAUCCCAACGAUAUUUUUGCCGACUUGGACUCCUACCCUGACAUCUCAGAGAUUGCCAAUUAA